GUUAAGGUCACAAAGACCCAAGGAAAAGGAGAAGAAGACGAUUUGGAGGAAGUCUCGAGGAAAUUUUGCUGUGCAAGAAGGUCUUUGGGCAUCUGUGGUUGUUUCUGGAACAGUCGAGCUAUGUUUUAGCGCUGAUAGAGGUGGUUAUGUGCAAGUGUAAGGCGAUGUGUGUGGACCAAUUGGCAGGAAUUUUGUUUCUGCCUGGUGACCAUCCUUGACGGCAAACAAACAAACAAACAAAUAUUCAGCACAGCCAGGGUGGAAGUCCAUACUCCUGCCAUGCUGUGUGUUGAUUAAGUGCAUGUGUCAAGCUCGCAGCGUGCUAACCAAAUGCAGUAGUUUUGGUCAAACUUCUCACAAAGCCACUGGGACAACUUCAUAACAGGAGAACCUUUAGGUCGCACUCUGAGGACACAACUGAAAAACCCUCACACUUUGAAACUCCUGCAUGUAGCUCCGAAUCAAAUGACAACAUCCAGUCUUCAUGAUGGGAUUCCACCACUGUAGCAUAGAACUCUGAGUCUGAGAGCUUGCUGAUCUGAAGUCUGAGAAGCAGCAUGAGUCAGAGGGUGGUGCAGAACCGUCAGGGGUGGAACAGACGGGGUUCCAACCGACCCGGGCAGAACCCAGGCAGGGGACCCAACCGACCCGGGCAAAACUCAAGCAGUGUCCACAGCAGGCUGGGGGUACCACGAGCAGGGAACGGGCCAAACCCUGGGGCCAGGAGGUGGCAGAACGUGGACCGGAGAACUGGAAGAGAGGGUGGGUUCGUUCAAGACGCGAGGGAUCGUCUGGAGGAGAACAGACGGGCCUUGGAGUAUGACCAGCCUGGCUUCCAACAAGCCUUAAUCCAAGACAGCAUCUUUGUUGUAGAGAACCAAGUGUAUGGCCAAGACACGGCUGAAAACCAGGUGUAUGGCCAAGAUACCAAUGAGGCACUGCCUUUGCUACAAGUGGAGACUGCGGCACAAAGUGACGUGGACUAUCGCCGCGACAAUUCCUUACAGGUAACAGUGGAGCCCGGGCACCACGAUGUGGACUACCGGCGCGUAAAGGUCAAAACCUCUGAGGCAGGAAGCUACGAGCGGGAACCAAGCCCAGGUCAUCAUGGCUAUGACCGUUCCUAUGACGACCCGCGCCAAGAACCCUACCAGACCUACCCUGGUGACUAUCCUGAAGUUACUACCCGUGAGAGGUCUACUGAAAGAGAUUUCAUGGAUCCAUAUGACAGUCGUAUUGCACGCAGAGAAACUCCGGAACGAACCAACCUGGAUACAUUCGCUAUUGGGGCCGAAAGGGCAGGGGUCAGAGAUAGAAGCCGAUCUCGAACCCGUGACGACAGACAUCGGUUUUCCCAGGACAGAAAUAGGCGCUCCAGGGAAGGUGACCAAGAGCGGGACAAUGACAGGCGCUCUAGAAAUUCUGAUAGGGGAGAGGACAGGCGCUCCAGAGAAAAUUAUCAAGAACGUGACAACAACAGGCGCUCCAGGGACGUAGAUGUAGGAUUAGACAAUGACAGGCGUUCUGGAGAAGUGGGAGCAGGGUCUGACUGGGAGGCUCAGCUGCGAGAAAGAGCGCGGGAGUUUGGGAGGCAGCAGAAAGAGGAGGAAAGGAGACAAGGGCGAAGCAGCCAGGAGAGGCCUGACCCGUGGAGGGGGUCAUCUCGUGAGGGGCGUGACAGUCACAGGGCUAGUCAAGAGAGACAACAGAGGAGCCGCUCGUAUGACAGAGUACAGGCAGAUACGUAUGACAGAGUACAGGUAGACGCGUAUGUACUGGGAGACACGUAUGGCAGAGAUGCAUAUGGCAAGGUACAAGAAGAUCAGUAUGAUCAUGAUCAGUACAGGAGGGAAGAGUUGGUAGAUCCCAGCAGAGAUUACCAUCCUGAAGAGGCUGCAGGGAGUUACAGAGAUGACCGACCCUACCCUGGGCCUGGGUCACCACCCUACAAUGACCCUGCCUUUCCAGCUGAACCUUCCGCAGACAGGCGUGAUGCUCCAUACAACAGAAGAGACAGAAGGGGGGACCAGACACUUCAACAAGCCAGUCACGACGACGUCUUCAGGAACUUGCCACCGGACCAAACUCCUCACUAUGCCGUAGACGAAUAUGGUCGUCCAGUUGCCCCUCUACAUCACGAAGAGUAUGUGAAUCCCCCUUCGGGUCUGGGUAUCCAUGGCGACCGUAUCCAUGGUGACCGCAAUGCCAGGAGCAGCAGCCGAACUCCCAGCCCUGUAGUGUUGCAUGGGCGACAGGAGGACCUGUAUCAACUUGGCAGGAGGAAGGACCACUCCUCCGACAGUCUGUACUCCGAAGUCAGCUCCAAACACAGCCCGGAUCUGGACACCAGGGGGGAGUACAGGCCUGCAGACAGUAGGGCAGAUUACAGACCUACAGAUAGGAGGGGGGAGUACAGACCUUUGGACACCAGGGGGGACCCUUAUGGCACGGACUAUGGGGACAUGGAUAGACAGGAACAAGACUAUCUGUAUGAUGUAACAGAGAUGCGAGGUGGGGAAAGGAGAGGAAGUCCAGAGUAUCGGCCUUUAGGAGAGCCUGGUGGGGGAGAGCAACACUACCCAAACAGCCGAGACGACAGAAGGGAGGGGAUCGAUGAGCAGCACUCCUGGAACAGCCAAACGGAAAGAAGGGGCAAGCAGCACUCCUGGAACAGCCGAGAGGAGAGGAGGGAAGGUAGAGAUGCCAGGGCCCGAAGUGAUGCAGGAAGGAGAGAGAGACACACUGAAGAGAAGUUAGGGACAACAGAAAGAGACAGAGACUCAAGGAACCGGUAUGGGAGGGAAGAGGAUCCGGAGCAAUCACGGAGCCAUGAUCAAGGCAGGAGGGACUCACAAGGCAGGAAGGAACAACGUACAUCCUCCCGGGGUGGAGAUAGAAAUAGAAGUAGGGAUGGAAGAGACUAUGAACCAGAGAGUGAUUUACAGAGAAGUUUAGCAGAUGAGAUCAACAAGAUUCGGCAGGAGCCCGAUCAUAGGGACAGACAGCGGGGAAAAGACCGCAGGGGAAGUAGCAGGAGUGGUCGUGAAGACUCCCAGGGCCGUCAGCGCAGUAGCCGCGGAGAUUCCCGGGACCAGCAGCGCAGCAGCCGCGGAGAUUCCCGGGGACAGCAGCGCAGUCAGCAGAGUUACCACAAGGACUCAGAAAAGUCCACAGUUGGCAGCAGUGUCAGUAGAAGUAACAAGCAGCAGUCACCAUCAAAGCCGACAGAUAAAGACUCAAGAAGUGCGAAGCGUAAGAGGAGUCCUAGCCCAAGACGUAAGUCCGGUAGGAGACAAGAGGACUUGAGUGGAAGUCGUAGCUCGAGAGACAUGCCACAUGGUAAAGAAGGAUAUGCCAGAAGACAACGAAGCACAAAAGACGACGUUCGUGGAAAGGACAAUGACAGAAAAAGACAUGAGGGCUCAAGAGGCCAGUCUCUUGGAAGGAAAGAAGACACCAGACAAAGGAGAACUCGUGGUUCCAGUCCACAUGACCAACCCAACCGAAGUCAGCAGCAGGGUGCAGAUGAGGAAAGCAGUCAGCUGUGGCCUCUGCAGCCCCCCAGUACUGUGGCCCAACAGCCGGGCCAGUCUGCCUCCGAUUGGGCCCUGGAAACCCCAGAACUUCAAGGAGGCCUGCCACCAUGGCAGCCUGUUAAUACGCAGGGAAGUUACCAGGACUUUGGGAGGGAUGCAAGGUCUUUUUACCAGAGCACUCAGCAGAAUGUAGGAGAGGGGAGAGAAAGGGGGAGAACUAUUGUGGAACUACAGCCAGCAGUGGAAAUGGGUGAUGCCAACACCCCUGGUACAACAGCAGACCAGUGGGAACAGAAAAAUGCGGGAAGCAAAACAUCAGAAUCCCUGCCACACCAGUCUCAGGCAAGCCCUACCUCACAGAAGGGUGCAACUCAAUCAAACCUGGUGGAAAUACCUUCCUUUCAACAAGCCCAGGAAAUGAAGAAACAGAAAAACAAGAAGUCCCUGGUGGUACCGUCCACCCCCCAGCGCUUCCCUCCCAACAUGAGCUUCCCAGAGAAGCUGCUGGUCCUGGUGGAGAGCUACGGUGGGCGGACCCGACAGGAGGUGGAGACGCGCAUCCACAAGUACGAGAAGGAGGUGAAGGACAACUACCUGAAUUUAGGGAAGGAUGAGAACAACGACGACAAGAUGGUGGACCAUCUUGGGGAACACCUGCCUCCUGGUGGACUCUGGAAGCUCAAACUCCUCCGCAGGAUCAUUGUCGAGUGUCUCCCCAAGAGAACUGUAGAAGCCAAGAACAAAAUCCUGUGGAUGUGCAAGCAGCUGCUGUCGCCAGAAGGAAUCGAAGUGACAGAGGACAUCUUCACUGCACUGAUGGCAAAGAGAAUCACAAAGUUUGGCUCUAGGACUCCCACUCCAGCCACUGGAGCAAACUUGCAGCAGUUCGAGCCCAAACAGGUAGAGAAUGAGGAGAAGCGAGACAUGGUGGUGGAGUAUCUGCAGAGGCUGGGCGUGCCGGCGACGCGCGAGGCCGUCAACGGGAUGCUGAAAAACAACCAGAUGUUGGAGAACAUUGAGAAAACCUUCUGGAUCCCGCAUCAGGACCGCCGAUUGGUGGAGCGGUACCUGCAGCAGAUCAAUGUCCCCAUCACUCCCGAGGCCGUCGACAAGAUCAUGGGAAACCCAGACAUCAUGUUCGACUUGCGGAAGACGUUUGAGGAUCAGGAGUCCAAGGAAGAAGGGACCAUUUCCCAGCAAGGUAAGGAUGAUGAUGAACAGAGCAGCUCCAUGGCAACAAGCUCCAUGGCAACAAGCUCCACGGCAACACCAUCACACAGACCACCUGCAAGCGUGUCAAUGACUCAGCCAGGACCUGCCAUCAACAACACCAAGUCUGACACCUCAAGUGCAGGCUCCUACAAGUACCUCUUAUCCACUGCUCAUCAUCAUCAGGAAAGUCCUCCAGCAGCUUCUGCAGGAAGCACUGCAGCCUCUGUCAUGUACACGCAAUCCUCGUCUCACAUGUCCCAGGCCUCUACUCGGGGCCUGGCUGAGACAGACUCCCACCAACAGCGAGCACAAAACAACCCUUACAUAAGGAUGAUGUACAGUGAGCAGCAGAGACAGCUGGACAGUUCACAGCGGGGUUACAGUGAGGCCCAGCAGAGAGCAGAGGUGCAGCAGAGAUCAGAGGCGCAGCAGAGAGCAGAGGCGCAGCAGAGAGCAGAGGUGCACCAGAGAGCAGAGGUGCAGCAGAGCGGGUUGUACAGAGGUUAUAACAGAGGCGACAGCCUUCAACAGAGUGCAUCAGUAGAGUCACGUGGGAGAGCUCCCGGAAUGCCAGCUCAGCAGCAGAUGUACGCAACCACUGCAGCACCCCAGCAGCCCAUCUCUGAUCGGCUACAGCACCUCUCCGGGCAGCCCAUGGCAGGGACAAGAGCCAUCGGACCAGCUACUGCGGGACAGUUCCAGCACCAAACUGCACCUGUAGGAUCAGGUGUUUCAGGACAGUUCCAGCACCAGGCUGCAGUUGCGGGGUCAGGCGCCAUGGGACAGUUACAGCACCAACAUACAGGGGCAGGAGCAGCAUUUAUGGGACCAGCUCCUGGGGUACCAGGUGCUGCAGGAUGGUUACAGCACCAGGGCCCAGCCACAAUGGGGCAGUUUCAGUACCAGGGACCAGGCACUGCAGGACAGUUACAGCACCAAACUGCAGCUAUGGGACCAGGUGGCAUGGGAGAGAACCUGGAGAGCCUCCGCAUGUUCAUCAUGGACGUGUUUCGGCAGGUGAACCUUUCCUGGGUACCGGAGUCCACCGUGCAGGAGAUCCUGAGGAACCCGGAACUUGUGCAGCAGAUCCAGCGAUUCCGCGCCGUGGGCAUGCCACUCGAACUGCUCGUCAACUACCUGAAGCAGUGUCUACAACUGGUCAACCGUCCAUAGGAUCUGAAGCAGUGUCCACAACUAGUCAACUGUCUGUAGGACCUGAAGCAGUGUCUACAACUUGUCAAUCAUCCGUAAUACAUACCCGAAGCAGUGCUUACAACUCGUCAACCGUCCAUAGGAUUUGAAACAGUGUCUACAACUGGUCAACCAUCCAUACAAUCUGAAACACACAAUGUCUACAACUCGUCAGCCAUCCAUAGGAUCUGAAACAGUGUCUACAACUGGUCAACAGUCUGUAGACAAUUCAGCUGCCUACCUUUUGUGGCUAUAUCAGUCAAACAUGUCACAUGUUAUCACUUCAGAAAGACCAAGGAGGUGCUCUCAUGAAACCUUCUGGGAUAUAGAUGCCAUAUUUGGCUGCCUACUGAGUCUUAAUACAUCAGAUACGUCUUCAUAAAGGUAACUCUGUUCAGAGAACUGUUGGCAACUACAAACUUACUGUUAUAAAACAAACUAAUUUUUUUUCCAUGAACAAAUCAGCCAAGAACCAAAUAUGGUAUCUGGGAAAUGAUGACAUGAUCCAUUAUUAGUUUAUUGAGGAAGAAGGAUGGAAGAUGGACAAAUAAGUUAAGAAGGUAAGUAGAGGGCAUGAAGCAAGGAACUUUUUGACAGUCGGAACCCAAUUCAAGAGGAUGUAAGGAAGGUUCAUCUUUGGAGAAGAAAGUCCUUUGAUUAAAGGAUCCUUGUGCAAAAGACUUGAGGUGCUGUUGGACUGUAGAAUGCAACACUCUGGAAGAUACGACUCCAUCCAGCUUCAGCAAACUGCCCAGAUCCUCUGGUCACAGCAGGUCCACCGCGGGAACAGUUCAACUACUGGUAUCAAAGGACUAAGGACUCACUCCACACCUCUGUUGUGCAUAUUGUCAUUGGACUAAUGAAAGUUUCAGUGUUGUCCUGAAGUCGAGGUUAUCCAAGUGAUUUUUGUUGAUAUUGAAAGCCGGGGAAAUACACGGCACUUGUUACCUCACUUGAACAUUUCUAAAAUUGGAAUGGUGAAACCAUCUGUAGACUUUGUUAGUUGUAUAAGUGUAUGUAUCUUACUUUAGAACGAUUACAUUUACUAAGUAAUGAUGGGAGUGUUGAUAACAUUUCCUUCACUUUUUCUACAAAGAAUCUCCAUGACAUACUUCAGGUUACAUCCUGAACAUGUAAAUGACUAUCUGCAACAUUUUCUAUGGAGUAGCUUAAAGUCAUUACUCAAAUUCAGACAGUGCCAAGUAUCAGAAAGGUGUAAUAAGUGAUCCGUCUAAUAUUUAGUUUGCAUUGUACUUAGAGAUGUAUUGGGCAAUGAAGCCCUUAAUGUUAUUUAGAUCUCAUAAUGAUGGUACAUGGUGGUUGUAUAGAUCUACAGCAGUGUGACUAGUUUAGAGGCCAUGUAUAAUCCUAGUGAAUUUGUUGUGCCUGUAUCUCUAGCAUACACGAUCAUAAUUGAAAGAAAGACAAAUUUUAUAGCAGUUGGAGAGUGCAAUUCAUGGCAGCUCUUAGUUUCCAGCAGAUCUGUUGUAGUUCAUUAUUGUUUAAGUUAUCUGUGGUACUCUGAACUCUGUACUAAAAGGAAGCUGCAAGACAGAUUGGCAGAGGUAAAGAAUCAUCUAGAAAUCCUUGGACCAGAAUCGACAUGUUUAAUGAUGUUUCAGUAAGAUUUAAUCAUUGCUGAACACCUUUUUUUUUUGUUUCUAUAAUGGAGUGCCCUGAGAGCAGUGUUUUAUAGUUGUCUUUUACAGUAUCUGCCAACAUUCUUUGUGGUACUUUCGCCAUAUUGUCAUACAACGUACAUGUUAUAACUGUUAUAUAACUUGAUGUACUCUUAAGAGCACAAGGAAGGGUCAGCAAAAUAAGCUAGUUCAUUGAAAUGCAUAUGAAAAUGUCAAAGUUGAAGGCCCCUUGCAACAUAAAAGGAUUUGCCUUCAACUUUGACAAGUUCCCUACAAUGCUGUAAAUCUUACUAUCAUAAUGUUAGAAGAUGUAACAAACAGUGGUAACAGGCAGUGAUGUCUACAGAUGCCAAUCCGAUACAUGAUGGUAUCAAGUUGUCUGAACUCUGAUACAUAAUAUUGUCAAUUUGAUAUUCUAGAUCUUUACUCCGCAUAUAGCAGCAGGUUGUUAAAAACAAGUGAACAUUCUUGCGCAAAUGUUGCCACAUAUAAUCUCCAAGCAGAUGUAAGGGACAGGCACAUUCUUUGUGCUUUAUGCUAGUUUUUACAACAUUUGGUACGCUUUUCGGGUACUCCCUUUUCUAUGUACUCCAUCAGAAGAAGAAGAAGCCAAAGAACUCAAUGUUGCAAAAAUAUGUUACACACAAAAAAUGAGCCUACAAUAAUCUUCUGGUUCCUAUCUUCAGACAGUAGUGUUGCUUGGCACAGCAAAUGCACCAAAGGUCAUGGCCUAUUUAAUCUGAUAAAGGCUAGACAUGAUUAACAAGGUAUCCUUUGCACAAACCUUCCCUUUGUUUCAUCUGUGUUGAUAUUUUACAUUGUUGAGUAAUAAGCUGUGAUCAGACACAACAAAGGAGCAGUUGCUUGCUGUGUUUGGUCUCAGUUUAUAUCUCGGAAAACUGUGUUUAAUCUUUUCUGUUAUUAGUUACCAAUUGUGAGGGUAACUCUGGUGACUGUGCAACCAAACCUUACUUCAAGGUUGCUUACAGCUAUGAGAAUGAACAGAUAGCACUGCCAUGUAUGUGUGUCUGUUUCUAAUAACCGUUAUAUAUUAUAGUGUUUAUAACAUGGGCCACUGUAACUACAGUUCUUGUUAGUCAUGUAUCCCACCAAUGGCUCCAGUAUACUACAGACAGGCGUAUGUUUUGUAUUUGUAAAGCGGAACUUGAUCUUAAACAAUAAUACAGCAGCCAAGAUGUUAUAUAGAUCAGACAAGUCCAGACAUUUGUGCUAAGCUUGGUUGUAUAUGAGCAGCUGAGAUGCCUCAGUGUCACACAUUGCAGCUACAUUUUGUUAUGUUGAUUAUUUAGUAUGUGACCACCAGAGUUGUACGCCUGUUGUGUAAUGUCCUACACAGCUGUUGUAGUAUCGUGCGGCAAUGAUAAGGCCUGUGCUCAGGACUCCAGUGUGUUAUAUAGUAUAAAGUAUAGUCAUGUUCUAAACAGAUUAUACAGUAAGCGAGCAAAGUUGUACAACUGUGGAAAGACAGAAUAAAGUUGAUGCUCGUGAAGUGUUU